GGGGCCUGCGGGGGUGGGUGGGUGUGGGCUACUUCUGCUUCCCUCUCUUCCGGGCUACGUGCGUGCUCUCAGUCACAAAGCCCUGCACCGGCGACUGCGGCUUCUCCAGAGGGCUAAAAGGGCUUGACUCCACCCAGCGGUACGUGCCUAGCGCGGCUCGCAUCAUGGCCGCCGCCAAAGCGCAAAGGCCAGGCCUUCCACCCUCUUCACCCACCGCCUUCACUGCGCACGCGUGCUGCGGCCGCCUGGGCUUCGCUCCCAACGGGGCGGACCCAGGGGGAGGUCGGCCUGGCCAAUCAGCUGGCAGGCCCCGCAGCAGGCUCCGCCCCCUCCUCUUUCGCUUGGGGUUCCAAGCUGCACGUGUCAGUGUUUGGGAGGAUGACCUUAAGAGUUUGCUGGAGACAGGAGCAUCAGUGAAUGCACCUCCGGAUCCUCAGGAGCAGUCGCCUGCUCACCUAGCUGCAGGUGGCGGCCUUGCGUGCUUUCUUCUCUGGCAGCUGCAAACAGGUGCUGACCUCAACCAACAGGAUGUUUUGGGAGAAACUCCACUCCACAAGGCAGCAAAGGUUGGAAGCCUGGACUGCCUGAGCCUCCUCGUGGCCAGUGAUGUCCAGAUUGGCGUAUGCAAUAAGAAUGGGCAGACAGCUGAAGAUCUUGCUUGGUCAUGUGGCUUUCCAGAAUGUGCUAGGUUUCUAACAAUGAUUAAAUGUAUGCAGACGGCAAAAUCAUCAGGUGAGCAACAGGAGUGUGACCCCCAUGCUCCUGUGCUGAGACAGAAGCGGAGUUUCAGGACUGUGGAGAGUGGAGUGAUGAAGAGAAAGUGUUGAUGUCUUGUUGGGCAAGAGGAAGGAAAGAAGAGGCUUGAAGAAGAGCUUCACUUCAGACAGAUCUACAAGCCAUUGCUUUGGCUCAUCACAUGACGAAACUCCUGAGGAGGAAAACUUUCUUCUAAGUGAAGAGAACAUUCAUGAAUACAUGUAUUUACAUGACUACAAUAUUUUGGAUGU